AUUAGCUUUUGAGCCACCUCGCCUCGCCUUCGCCUUUUGUUUUUAGGCUCUCCGCCCGCCCUCGUUUCUCUGCUGACCCCUUUCGACCUCAUUUCUUCCUCCUUUUUUCUCCGCAUACAUAUCUCUUUUCGUUCACUAGAGAGAGAGAGAGUGGGACAGAGCGUGGGAGACAAGGCGCAGGAGAUACAGAAAACAAUACAUAGAGAGAAGUUGAUGGGUCGGGUCUCACUCUCCUUUGACCAAGAAAACGCAAAGACGAUAUGAUGGGAAAGAGGAAGGCACAGAAAACGAAGGAACUAUCGGUGGCAAUAGCAGAAGCAUCAUCAUCAGCAGCAGAAGCAGGAGACGAAACCAAAUCUCCAGCAGUAACCCCAAGAAAGAGAGGCCGACCCCGCAAGAUCGUUGAAGCAAAAGCCGAAGCAAAGCAAGAAGAGGAACAACAACAGCAGCAGCAGCAGCAGCAGCAGCAGCAACAGAAUCCAAUACAACAAGCUGAAGCAGUAGAAGAAGAAGCUAAAGUAGUGGACCAAACAAAGAAAGCCAGAACUGGUGAAGUGGAAGAGCAGAAGCAAGAGAUGUUGCAGGAGUCAUCAACAAAAAAGACUAGCAGCAGAAGCAGAGCGAGAAGAAAGAGCAAGCCUCGUAAGAGCAGCUGACAAAGAAGAUGACCCGGUUACUAUCUAUUCCUUUCUCUCUGCAACUCAUUCUCUCUUUUGGUUUUGUAGCUUGGGUCUUGAUCAGGCAAUUUUAGUAUGAUCGAAGAUCAUUCCUGCCUUU